AGAUCUGGUUCUGCACACACAUUGUGAUAAACUGUCUUAAUUCUGUUUGCUCUCUUUGCAGGCUGCGGACCUGAGCAAACCAAUAGACAAAAGGAUAUACAAAGGAACACAGCCUACAUGCCAUGACUUCAAUCACUUAACAGCCACAGCAGAAAGUGUGUCUCUCCUAGUGGGCUUCUCUGCAGGCCAGGUCCAACUUAUAGACCCUAUUAAAAAAGAAACUAGCAAAUUAUUUAAUGAGGAAAGACUAAUAGACAAGUCCAGAGUAACCUGUGUAAAAUGGGUACCAGGUUCGGAAAGCCUUUUCCUAGUAGCUCAUUCCAGUGGCAAUAUGUACUUGUAUAACGUGGAGCACACUUGUGGUACCACAGCCCCGCACUACCAGCUGCUUAAACAAGGAGAGAGCUUUGCAGUGCACACUUGCAAGAGUAAAUCCACCAGAAACCCUCUGCUUAAAUGGACAGUAGGUGAGGGUGCCCUGAACGAAUUUGCCUUUUCCCCAGAUGGGAAGUUCCUGGCGUGCGUGAGCCAGGAUGGUUUUCUCCGCGUGUUUAACUUUGAUUCCGUGGAAUUGCAUGGUACAAUGAAAAGCUACUUUGGAGGACUGCUGUGUGUGUGCUGGAGUCCCGAUGGGAAGUACAUAGUGACAGGUGGAGAGGAUGACUUGGUGACAGUUUGGUCGUUCGUGGACUGUCGGGUGAUAGCCAGAGGCCACGGACAUAAGUCGUGGGUCAGUGUCGUUGCGUUCGAUCCUUACACCACUAGCGUAGAGGAGAGCGACCCGAUGGAAUUUAGUGGGAGUGAUGAGGAUUUCCAAGACCUCCAUUUUGGCAGAGAUCGAGCCAAUAGUACACAAUCUAGGCUAUCCAAAAGGAACUCUACAGACAGUCGUCCGGUCAGUGUGACAUACAGGUUCGGUUCGGUAGGCCAGGACACGCAACUGUGUUUGUGGGAUCUCACAGAAGAUAUCCUCUUCCCCCACCAACCUCUCUCCAGAGCAAGGACACACACAAAUGUCAUGAACGCCACGAGUCCACCUGCAGGAAGUGGUGGAACUAACCCGGGAAGCAAUGGAAACAGUAUCACCACACCUGGAAACUCUGUGCCCCCUCCUCUCCCACGGUCCAACAGCCUCCCACACUCUGCAGUCUCAAACGCUGGCAGUAAGAGCAGUGUCAUGGAUGGUGCCAUUGCUUCUGGCGUUAGUAAGUUUGCAACCUUAUCGCUACACGAUCGGAAGGAAAGACACCACGAAAAAGAUCACAAGAGAAACCAUAGCAUGGGACAUAUAUCUAGCAAGAGCAGUGACAAACUGAACCUAGUUACUAAAACCAAAACGGACCCAGCUAAAACUUUGGGAACACCUCUCUGUCCCCGAAUGGAAGAUGUUCCCUUGUUAGAGCCUCUUAUCUGUAAAAAGAUAGCACAUGAAAGACUGACUGUGUUAAUUUUUCUUGAAGACUGUAUAGUCACUGCUUGUCAGGAGGGAUUUAUUUGCACAUGGGCAAGGCCUGGUAAAGUGGGUUUGUUGUCAUCCCAAACCCAGGCCAAUUCUCCAAGUGGAACUGUAGUAUAGCCACCACACUACUGCUAGCAAACCUCUGACCCAGGACAAGAAGUAAUGACAGUGGAACCAGGAGCUGUUCUUCAGGCAAAGAGCAUCACAAAUUAUAAUGUGGCAGAGUGUAAACAUGGAGUUAUGUGAAUCACAUAGUGACUUGCAAAGGACAAAUGCCAUGAGUUCCUGCUCCAGCCAACGCUGCUGGGCUGCUCACCCAAGGAAGAGUUUGCACUGGAGACAAAGCAAAGAGCUUCCUUUGGUGCUGCAGGACAAAGUAGUAACACUUUGGGUUUUCUUUAUACUUUUUGAGUCCAGUGUAAUUUAAUCUCUAUAUAAAUAUAUAAAUAAAAGGUAUAUAUAUAUAUAUAGUGUAAAAUAAGAUGUUUCUUAAAUUCCAGUAAGUUCAAUGGUUAAACUAGUUCUUCACCAUUGUUUAUUUUGCACUGAUUUUUUUAACCAGAGGUGGCUAGAAGACAGCCUGGAAUGCACUCAUGGGAAAUGAAAGUCUUUA